AUGACUAAGCCAGUUCGUGCCUUGUUUAAACAUGGUGCUACUGCUUUUGAUAUAUGGGAGGCCGCCCAGAAGACCUAUACUGUGACUCAGAAUAGUUCUCGUCUGUUUCAACUCCAACGGCAGUCCAUCCUUACGUGUCAGAAUGAUGAAUAUGUCAAAGUGUUCUAUGAAAAACUCCAUGCUAUCUGGCAGGAGAUUGAUUGUCUGCGUCCACAUGAAUAUAGUUGUGCCGAUGAUAGGGCUUGUCGUCUGAAAGAACUUGAAGCCGAUCGAGUUUAUGAUUUUCUUAGAAGACUUGAUCCACCAUAUGAUGGUGUCCGUAGUCGUAUCCUUGCUCUUAGUCCUGUCUUGCCCCCUUUUGAAGCCUAUGCCAUGGUUAUGGAGGAAGACACCCGUCAGUCCGCUAUGCUUGGAUGA